AUGCCAUGUGAUGGUCAAUAUCAUAGCUCCCCUCGGAAUAUGACAAGUUCAUCAAAGCAUGUUGAUAUGCACUGCGCUCACUGCACUCACUGCACGGCACUGCCACUGCCAUUGCCACUGGAAGACACCUCAAGCCUUCCUGCUGCCGAAGACUUUGCCAGCAAAUUAAAGAAGGAUACCAUCCGUAUAGAGCGUAUCACUUUGACCAUCACCACUCCUACAGAUGAUGAUGGCGACCUUAUAUCUCUCGAAAUUCCUCAAGAGACCACGGUGGGCACUUUGAAGGAAAUGGUCGAAUCCGAAGCUCGCAUCCCUAAGAAAGAUCAACAUUUAUACCACAAUGGACAACUGCUCCAUGACGAUAAUAAGACAAUGGAACAAUUACAGAUCGGUGAUGGGGAAAUGCUUGCCUUACACGUUCGGGAAACUCGGGUUGCUCCUGCCGCCUCAGCUCAUCGGGCUUCGCAACCUGCUCGUGCACAACCUCAAGGAAGAGGACAACAACCAGAUCCAGAAACGAUUCGAUUGCAAUUGCUUGGCAAUGCAGAAAUGAGACAAGAGGUCGCUCGUCAGAGCCCAGAACUGGCGGCUGCUGCUGAAGAUCCCCAGCGAUUUGCGGUAAUACUUAACCAGAUGCGAAGUCGGGAAGCAGAGGAGUUGGCCAGGCGGAGACAGCGGAUUGCGGAUUUAAAUGCUGAUCCUUUUGAUAUCGAGGCACAGAUGAGGAUUGCAGAGAUGAUACGUGAAGAACGAGUACAGGAGAAUUUACAAAAUGCUAUUGAGCAUAAUCCCGAAGUAUUCGGCCGUGUCCAUAUGUUAUACAUAGACGUCGAGGUCAACGGACAUAAAGUCAAAGCAUUCGUCGACUCCGGUGCCCAAGCUACCAUCAUGUCUCCUAAGUGUGCCGAAGAUUGUGGCAUAAUGCGACUUGUAGAUAAACGUUUUGCGGGAAUAGCUCGAGGAGUUGGAACUGCCGCUAUUCUGGGGCGAGUACACUCGGCGCAGAUUAAGAUUGGUAGCAUGUUUUUACCUUGCAGUUUCACGGUCAUGGAAGGGAAAGAUGUCGAUUUACUACUUGGUUUGGACAUGUUGAAAAGACAUCAAGCUUGUAUAGAUCUGUCGAAGGAUAAACUCAUCAUCCAGGGUGUCGAGGUCAGCUUCUUGGGUGAGGCUGAUAUUCCCAAGAAUAUGGAGGAUGAGAGAGCCGAAGAACCACAACUUGCCGGGCCGGGAGGAACGACCAUUGGAGCAAAAUCGGGGGCCGUUUCCGGGCCCUCUACAGGACAACAAGCACCUCAGGCCGCGGCACAUACACCAGCUACUUCUGCUUCAUCAGCUCCGCCACAGCAACAACAGCAGCAGCCAUCAUUUCCGGCCGAGAGUAUAGAUCAACUUAUAGCAUUGGGAUUCUCGCGUGACGAAGCUGUUAAUGCGUUGGCGGCUUGUGGGGGUGAUGUUCAGUAUGCGGCCGGUCUUUUAUUCCAAGGUUAA